CGACGUCACAGGGGAGACAAGUAUGGCGGCCGUGUUGAGAGGGACUCGCUGCUUAGUCGGUAGGCGGUGCAAGAAUGUUGACUUUGCGAUUGCCUCCACAAGGUCUAUGGCCUCCAAGACACAAGUGGGCUUCAUUGGCCUGGGCAAUAUGGGAAACCCAAUGGCCAAGAAUUUGCUGAAGCAUGGCUACCCAAUCAUUGCCACUGAUGUCUUCCCAGAGUCCUGCAAGGAAAUUCAAGAGCUAGGUGCACAGAUCGUUGAUAAUCCUGCAGAGGUAGCAGACAAGGCUGACCGCAUUAUCACCAUGCUUCCCUCAAAUGCCAAUGUUGUUGAUGUGUAUACUGGGUCCAAUGGUAUUCUCAAGAAAGUGAAGAAGGGCUCCCUGCUUAUUGACUCUAGUACAAUUGAUCCAGCAGUUUCAAAAGAGGUGGCAGCAGCAGCUGAGAAGAUGGGAGCUGUUUUUAUGGAUGCACCGGUUUCAGGAGGUGUGGGUGCUGCCAAUUCAGGAAAGUUGACUUUUAUGGUGGGAGGAGCUGAACAAGAAUUUACUGCCGCCCAAGAGUUACUCAACUGCAUGGGAGCCAACGUGGUGUACUGUGGUCAAGUUGGAACUGGACAGGCUGCCAAAAUCUGCAACAACAUGCUUCUUGCUAUUGGAAUGAUUGGAACAUCAGAAACAAUGAAUUUGGGAAUCAGACUUGGUCUUGAUCCCAAGCUGUUGGCUAAGAUCCUAAACAUGAGUUCGGGCCGUUGCUGGUCCAGUGACACCUACAACCCUGUGCCUGGAGUGAUGGAGGGAGUCCCCUCAGCAAAUAACUACCAGGGAGGCUUUGGCACCCAGCUCAUGGCAAAGGAUCUCGGUCUGGCCCAGAACACAGCCACCAGCACCAAGACCCCCGUCCCGCUCGGCUCUUUAGCCCACCAGAUCUACCGGAUGAUGUGCGCCCGCGGUUAUGCCAGUAAAGAUUUCUCUUCUGUAUUCCAGUUCUUGCGUGAGGAGGAGGGACAGUAAAGUGUGCCUCCGCCGCAGACGAAGCCUUACUACAGUAGACCUGGUGCAACACAGGGCUGCUGCCAUAGUGGAAUGAGGGUGUGUUUGCCCCGCACACAGUUGUUAGUAGACACAGAGCCACAUGAGCUUCCAAUCAACAGGACAGGUCUUGUGAGCACCUUUUCACUCGCUAUUGUUUUUGAACAAUGCAACACUCCUUUAGCUUUCUGAGGCCGUAUUUUUAUCUAACGUGCAGAGGAUUUUAAGACUGCCCCAACAGUGACACUUAAAACACUAUUUGAGCCAGAUGGGAGUGUUAAUUACAAGAAUGAGUCUCUGUAUGUAUCUUUUGUUUGUGAUCAUGUUUAUGUUACAAUUUUCUCUUGGUUCAUUUGGUAUGAUUUCUUCUCACAAUGGAAAUACGACUUUGGGCUUAGAGUGGCAUAUCUCGCAAAGAAAUAAAGACCAUGUUUUACA